GGCGGAAUAAAAAAGACUUCUUAAAAGGUAAAGACGCUAUGAGAGAGUAUCCACCUGAGUCUUUGACCGGUGAGCAAAUUUACUCUGAGCGAUUGAGUGGUGUGAAUCCACCAAAAACGAAGGACGUCGGUGGAAAUGGUCAUGAAAAGAAGAUGCCGGGAUAUGGGAAGCAACACAACUGGCACAAAGAAAGCAUAUUGUGGCAGCUGCCAUACUGGAGGGACCUCAAUCUACGACAUAAUAUUGACGUGAUGCAUACAGAGAAGAAUUUUUUGGACAACAUCAUGUAUACUCUUAUGCGUGUGAAGGGUAAAUCAAAAGAUACCAUCAUGUCAAGAUUGGAUUUAGUGAAGUUCUGUUCUCGGCCACACUUACAUCUUGAUAGUAGGGGUAAAGCACCUUUCCCGGCAUAUGCAUUGACAGACGAAGCCAGAACAAGCUUAUUGGAAUGUGUGAAACACUCAAUUAAAUUCCCAGAUGGUUAUUCGUCAGACUUAGCUAAUUGUGUUGAUAUGGAAAAUGGAAAGUUUUCAGGCAUGAAGAGCCAUGAUUGCCAUGUUUUUAUGGAACGGUUACUUCCAUUUAUUUUUGCAGAACUGCUUCACAAGAAUGUCCACCUUGCUUUAUCAGGGGUUGGAGCAUUUUUUCGGGACUUAUGUUCUAGGACUUUGCAUACAAGUCGCCUUCAAAUUCUAAAACAGAAUAUAGUUCUCAUCCUAUGCAACUUGGAAAAGAUCUUUCCACCAUCCUUUUUUGAUGUGAUGGAGCACCUGCCUAUACAUCUCCCUUACGAAACUGAAUUAUNGAGAGAGUAUCCACCUGAGUCUUUGACCGGUGAGCAAAUUUACUCUGAGAUAUUGAGUGGUGUAAAUCCACCAAAAACGAAGGACGUCGGUGGAAAUGGUCAUGAAAAGAAGAUGCCAGGAUAUGGGAAGCAACACAACUGGCACAAAGAAAGCAUAUUGUGGCAGCUGCCAUAA